AUGGAGUCUCGACUUGCUCAAUUCGCAUGUGACUUUUGCCGACACAAGAAACUUAAUAGCUGCAACUACGUUCGUGAUAAGACCUCUUCCACCCGGCCGACUUCUAUUCCCACACCACAAUCGUUGGAAGCGGACAAUGGCUUCGACGCACGACUUCAGAGCCUCGAAAAUACUGUACAGCAGCUAGCGAAUUCAGUCGACCAAGUCUUGCAGGCUAUUCGACCCGUCUCUUCUGGAAAAGGUAGCCGGAAAAGACCCUCAUCUACUCAAGAUCCCAUAACUCAGAAUAAUAUAUCCGACUCGAGACUAUAUAUCGGCCCCUCAACUUCUUUCUCCUUCUUAAAGGAGGCGUCAGCUAACAUCGAUGCAAUCGCCCAGCCGUCAGGCGACGAUACACGUCCGAGUGCCCACUCGGAGCUUCAAUAUCUUUCCAAUAGCCUCACCACGGCGCGCGUCAAGCAGCAAAAGAAAGAAGAUUCGAAUGAUUAUUAUAUACCAUCCAGAGCCGCCGGGUAUCGUUUGAUCAGUCAAAUAUUUGGCUAUGCUGAACUAGGUGAACCUUUCUUCACGCUUCCAUCGGAAGAAAUAUUGCGACAGGUUGUCUUCGAACCACAAAACGUCCGCGAAAAAGCAUGGAUAGUCUACUUCAACUACAUGAUAUUAUCAGUCAAGUCAAACGAGGCCGGUGAAAGCGACGAGACAACCCGAUUUCGACGCAAUAUGCAACUAGCACUUAAUGACAGCAGCAUAUUUCUCGAGCCACGUCAUGCAAACGUUCAAGCUUUGGUCUUCCUUGCCAUGCAUGGCGAAGACUACGCGGCACCCAACCUUUCCUGGAUGUUACUCGGACAUGCAUGUCGACAGGCUGAGGCUCUUGGGAUGCAUUCGCCAAGCCAUCAAACUCCCGAGCAUAGACAACAGCGGCUGUGUCUGUUUUGGAUGCUCUUUCUUAUUGACAAGUCGUGUUCUCUUGCAUUUGGUCGACCGGCUUUUCUUCCCACGGCGUUAUACCAGAAUGUUCCUUUGCCAGACUCGACUUUCAUAUUGAAAUUCAAUCCGCACGAGCGAGCGGCUUUUGGAGGUCAACAGGGAGUUUCGAACGGAUCUAAGUUUGGCGCUGAGGUCUUGAUGCGGUCUAUUCAGUGGGCCAAGUUAGCAGGUGUACUUUCGAGUCUUCUGUCAACUGGUGACUCCUCGGAUGGGAGGGUUGAGAUACGAUCAGAAUUGGAUAGGUGGUACCUGGAAACAGAACGAGCACUUACAGAUAUUCUCAGGGUCGAAAGUGUAUCUGCGGAUGUCGCCCAGAUCCGGGAAAUGUCUCUUGGUAUCAGUAGCAUCAAGUUCCAGUAUCUGUGCUCUCUCAUACUUCUGGUAAAAGGCGAUGAGUCUCUAUCCACCCUUCGUUUAUUCUCUGCCCGUGAAGCCAUCUCAAUAUUGAGCUCUAUGGUAUCAAACUGGAGUUCGGUAUACAAUGGUGUUGUCUGGCAGCUUCUAUACUGUCCAUUUACUCCAUUCUUUGUGGUAUUCGACAACAUUAUACACCCCCAAGAUUAUCACAUCUCGACGAUAGACCAAGAUCUAGGGCUCCUAUCCGCAACCGUGAACUACUUCAAGGCAAUGCAAUCUCAGAUGCGCCUUUUGGCAACAGUCUGCUCAAGACUCGAGCAAACUGCGGCUAUCUUUCAUAAACUGGCACAAAACCACGUUUCCUACCGAGCAUCGACUAAAACUGCUGCGUCACAUUCCAAGCAAGUGUCGGGCAAUCAACCCCACAGCUACAACUCUAGUCAUGGCAAUAGUCAAAGUCAAAAUAUUACAGAUCUGAUGACCCUUAAUGUGGGGGAUGUGGCUAACUAUAUCGAAUGGCUUCCGACAGACAUGGACACCACCUGGCCGUUGUCUGAAGCCGAGAAAUAUGAGCCUGUCUCGUCUCGUCCUGCUGACCGAGGACAGAUGUCAGGUAACAUGUUUGAUUGGUUUUCGUGGGAUUCGUAUUAUGCAGGGACUGAAGUAUGA